UAUGUAUAAGAACAUAAAAGAUACGAUGUGAAAAAAUUAAUACUCUUCUGAUGCUAAUAAAGGCUAUUUGAACCAUUUUAACUAAAUUAAAAUUCCACACUUAUUUCAUUUCCCUUCAAAUCUUUUCUGUUCCCAACCUUUUCAAAUCUUAUAUACUUUCUUUUACAAUGAUAAUAGACGGUUAAUUAGAAAAAUUCAAGCUUCCAGCUUCAAAAAGAAAUGUUAUUCAUGCGGUUAAAAUGGAUCGAUCAAAUUGAUUUCUUUGCAAAAUCAGGGCAAAAAGUGUUACAAAUAAUCAAGCUUAUAUCACAACCCAGUAUUGAUACCAAACUAUUCUGCUAUUGAAUGUCAGUUAUUUGUUGUAUCAAUGAUGGACUCGUAUUUCCCUAGAUGUCAUUACUGUUAUCAUUCAUGUUUCAUGUUGCAUUUCAUGAAAGUUGAGUUAGCGCAUUUACUUCAUCUACUAUCGAGUAUGAAGUUGAAUACAAACUCUUGGAUGGAUAACUGGAAUCAUGUUUAUUUCGUGCAUUGUGCUAGAAGAAAACGAUUAAAAUUUAAUCACAUUCAUCAACUUCAUCACAUUUUUAAGCAAAAAGUUAUGCUGCAUCAUGAUUUCAGUUUCAUGGUCAGUGUUUCAUGUUAAUGAGUGUAAAAAAUGAUGCCCACUAUUGGGAUACUUUUAGUCAACUUUAUUGGCCUUGUUUCCUCACAAAGUUUGUACCAAUUUGGUAAUAUUGAAUACAAAAUCCCUGAAGGUUCAGUGGCAAGAUUACCUUGUAAUAUUACUCCCGCUUGGAGGGAAGAUAAAAUUUUACUAAUAAUGUGGUAUCGAGAAGAUACAGCAACUCCAAUAUACACAAUUGAUUCUCGUGUAACCUCACUCAUGGAUGCUCCACACUUUAUAAGUGAUUAUCUACAAGAUCGAGUUAAAUUUCAACUGACUGAACCAAUUUCUUACCUAACCAUUGAACCAAUCAAAAGGAUAGACAAUGGAGUAUAUCGAUGUCGAGUCGACUUUCGUCAAGCUCGAACGAUGAACAAGAUUAUUUUACUCCAAGUAAUUGUUCCGGUCACUUCAAUUGAAAUUCAUGACUCAAAUGGUAAUGAGAUAAAAGACAUUGCUGGACCAUAUAAUGAAGACGAUUCCAUCAACAUUACCUGUAAGGUUAUCGGAGGAUUUCCGAGACCAGAAAUAGCAUGGGAACAAAAUGGACAGAAACUUGAUAAAACGAAAUAUUUUAUUUUUGAUGAUUUUGUAGAAAGUACAGUUUUUCUUGACAAUCUUGAUGAAAAGAGCCUGUUUAAUUUGAUAACAUGUAAAGCCACAAACACUAAUUUAACUGUUCCAUUGAGCAAAUCAUUUCGGCUUGACUUGAAUUUGAAACCUAAAGAACUCGAGCUUACUAAACCUGAAAACUUAAUUGCCAAUGUUACCAUAGAGUUAACCUGUUCAUGUAAAGGUUCAAGGCCUGGAGCAUUGAUUAGAUGGUAUAAAGAUGAAGGGUUAAUAAAUUCAUCUGAAACAUUUUUCCACUCAAACCAUGUAAAUAUGGGCUCAACAACAACAACUGUGAGCAUUCUUCAACUGAAACCAUCGAUAGCAGAUAAUGGUAAAAGGUUGAGUUGUUCAGCAAUUAAUCCAAAAUUAAGAGAAACAUUGAUCGAGGAAGGAUUCCAUCUCAAUGUUCAAUAUAAACCAAUAGUGAACCUUGUUCUCGGAUCCCAAAAUAAAGACAUACGAGAAGGUAGCCUUAUACUCUUUGAAUGCAAUACUCAGGCCAAUCCGGCUUCCAAUGAAAUUGGAUGGAUAUUCAAUGGAGCCACGUUGAACACUCGGAAAAUGGAUGGAAUCUUAGUCACUCCAAACACAUUACUAAUUGAAAAUGUAACUCGUCAUCAUCGAGGUCAUUACAGCUGUUCAGCAUCAAACACAAUUGGUACAACUUCCAGUGAACCAUUAUUUUUAGAUGUGCUUUAUAAACCAUUUUGCAAAUGGAUUGAAAGCAAAUACCUCGGGACCACUUUGUAUAAAAAUGUUGAUUUAGAGUGUCAAGUUAUAUCACAUCCAGGUAACAUUGAGUUUCAAUGGAUAUUACAGAGAAAUGAUGGAACCACAAUAAAUUUAACACCAAAUUACACAAUUGAGACAAGUAAAAGCACCACAUCAUCAUCUUCAACAACAGCACCUCUGGAAACGAUCACAAGCAGGUUAACUUUUUUCACGUCAACUGGGAGUGACUUUGGUUCUAUCUAUUGUAAAGCAAACAACGAAAUAGGAUGGCAAGAAGAUCCUUGCAUUUUUUACAUUUAUCCUGAAGGUCCUCCCGAGGCACCAACCAAUUGUACGAUGAGGCUGAUUAACGUAGACACGCAGCUGAUUCAAUGUCAACCUAAUUUUGAUGGAGGAUUGGAUCAAAUUUUCCACCUUGACAUUUAUAACCGUCUAUCAGGUGAUUUAAUUCAAAAUUUGUCUUCAAAGUCACCUUCAUUUGAGCUUAAAUCAAACAUUUCUCGAGGUGAUUACAAUUUGGUAAUUUACUCAGCAAAUAUUCUCGGUGAAAGUAGCAAAGUUGAUUUACAAAUAUCUUCUCAGCCUAUUCAUGCUUGGCCAGAUUUUUUUGGCGAAGAACCUUCAACUGAAUCUUUUUACAAAAUAUCGAUAAGCUUUUUCUGUGCCUUGAUCACUAUUUUGGCUACAAUUUUCAUGGUCUUACGCUUCUGCUUAUUCAAAGAUAAAGACAAAAGAUGCUUCCCAACAACACCAAAGUCUGAAAGCAUUGGAUUAGACGAGAAUGGAAUCAAGUCCAACUGUUUGACCAAUGAAGAGCCAAACAUGAUUACAAGUGUUAAAAUUGAAGACUUUGAAGACGAACCAUGCAUGCAUCAAAACUAUAAUUUAUCAACUAUGGAAUUCAAUGGUACUAUCAUGAAUUUAUCUGGAACUUUUGGUGAAAUACAGCUUUACCAUGAAAAUGAUGAAGUUGAUGAGGAGGAAAAAAGUUAUUCAAAUUUGACCAGCCCAGAUGAUCCAUUGAGAACGGCCAUCAUUUUCACAAAAAGACCAACUUGCAUCAUUGCAUCAGUACAAUAUCCUGAAGACUAUAGCAUUGAAAAUGGCAUUGUUUCGUCCUAUGAUAGAUGCAAAGAUUUCGACAAAAUUGAGCUCUAAAUUAAUGUAUUCAAACAAUUGUGAAUGUAACGACCAAGCGCAAUGUGAAAGAGAUUUUGUAGCAAUUUUUAUUUUGAUAACGCUUCAAUUUUUUUAUAUGUAAAAUUUUAAAUCGAUAUCUUUAUAUUUGUCAAUGAAAAUUUUAACCAAAGCUCAGCAAUUAAAUCCGUUUUUAAAUCAAA